AUGCCCCCAGAGCGCACGUGGGCGGGAUCCAAGCGUCUGCAUGGAAGCGGAGGCAAAGGUACCCCCCGCACACGGAAGCGCCGAAAAACUUCGAGUCCUGAGAAGAGCGGUGCAGAGGUGCCUCCGGAAGUGAAGGCCGUGCGCAAAGCCGUUCAUCAAUUUGGAGUCGUUGGCGGCGAGGACUACGACUCCAAGGAGGAGCGUUUGCAACAGCUCCUGGAUCGUCUACCUGCAGAUUCCGGUUCAGCAAUUGUGUUCGCCAAUGCAGCAACACAAGCGCAGGCCACGACGGUUGUCGACCGGAGCCGCCGCAAGGCAUUGGCUGCCGCAGCCCGGAAUCGCGCAGAGCGCAACAAGGUCGUGGAAGCUGCGGUGACGACUGACACAGCAGGAGAUGCUCCACUGAGCGAGAAGCUGGACCCUGAGAUGAGCAGUUGGACACAUGACUGGGCCUGCGGGCGUUGCACCCUCAUCAACGACUGGCUGUCAGAAGAGUGCAAAGCUUGUGGUACCAGGAGAGGAGCUUUUCCCAAAGUGACGGUCGUGGUGGCAGAUGAAAAGGCAAGCAGGGGAACGCUACCAUGGACGCCGGGAAGCUGCCAGAUCUUGAUCAACUACGAUGUUGCCCGCAACGCAGCAGAGUACGUACGCCGCCUGGGGGCUUUGGAGCCACAAGAGACGAACAACCCGCGGUUUCCACGUGUUGUGUAUACUUUCUUGGAAGAUGCCCAGCUGGGUGGCCGUGCUGCGCAGGAGAUUGUGGAGCUGCUGAAAACAACCCGAGGGUAUGUUGAGCCCUGCAAGAAGGCUGAGAUUGACUCGGCGCUGGGAUUGAUUGACUACAGUGAGGAAGAUGAUGAGGAGUGGGAGGAAGAUGACGAGGAAGACUGGGAUGAUGAAGACUGGGAGGCAUGUGACUGUGCCCACUGCCGCGGAAGCAUCGUUGGAAGCACGUCAUACCAUCCUCUCUUACCCGUACCUGGACUCGAGCACAAGGCGAUGUCUGGAAUCGAGGUCGUUCGACUGCCGCUGAAGGCCCUGGAAGACUUCGACAAGGCUGUGCCCUUCAUUGCUCCAAGAGUUAUUGGCCAUUCAUGUACAUUAAUUUGCCUACAUUGCCUCAACGUCCACACUCCCUGGGAUGGCUGGGAGCAGUUCUUUGCCCCUUCUCAGCUGACAGGAACAAUGCGCGUGGUGCUGGUUCUAGCAGACGGCGUGUCAUGGCAUGAUUACCCAGACCACGCUCUGCUCGGCGCAGGCGGCUCUGCUUGGGUUGACAUCCUGGACAUGGACUCAAUGGACCGUUCAGACAUGCUCCUGGAGAGGCUGGUUGACCAUGAGGCAGCCUUAUUGAAUGGUCAAAGUGAGCGCAUUGUGCUCAUGGGCAUGUCGCAAGGCGGCGGACAAUCCAUGCUCCGGUUCCUUCGUUCACGCAUCCGCUUGGGUGGCUGGGUUGGCUCUGUGUGCCAUGCGCCCACAGCGCCCCACACGCCGCGGGACCGCGACCCGCUGUUGGCAGUGGCUCGACCUACCGUGAACCGAUCCAGGCCAGUACGGCUGCUGGCGGGAGAGGCCGACUGCGUAUUCGCACCUGGCCUGGUUCUUGCCGAUGCUGCACGGCUGCGUGAUGUCGGGGGCUUCACGGAUGUCCAGGUGGAAGUUCGGAAGGAUCUCGCACACGAGGGCCCUUUGAAGGAGGCCAAGCCUGCCAAGUCCUCGAAGAAGGGCAUCAGCAGGAGCUUGUCUUCAAAGGACCACGAGAUCGCUUUACGACGUGCUCGCAGCGUGGCAAAGGCAGAGAGGAGUUGUCCAGAUUUGCUCUUCGUGCAACGGCACCUACCCGACAUGGUGGAUUUUCACAGCUCUUGUACUCCAGAGAGCUGUUGA